UUGGGCACCGAAAAGCCUCCUGUUAUUUCUUCCUUUUUUACUACGAAGCUGAAGUUGACAGGAGUGGCCGUCCGUCGUGAGCGCAUUUUGUUUUGAUGCUCCGGAGGAGGAAAUCUCUCUCUCUCUCUCUGUCUCUCUCUCUCUCUCUCUCUCUCGAUCGCUCGCUCGGGGGCUUUAAACUAGUGUCUCCUGCGUGGCAUGCGCGCGCGCGCUCGGGGCCACUGGGGUAUUUUUGACGCCUUGUUGUUUUGGUGGACCAAGAGGAAACUAAACUGGACUUUCUACUUUUUUUAUUGUGCGUGUAUGCGUGUAAUAUUUUCAAAAUUUCCCAAGCUGUAAAACCACCAGCAGCAGCAUGUCUAACGUGCGCCUGUCGAACGGCAGCCCGACCCUGGAGAGGAUGGACGCGACGCGGCUGGCGGAUCAGCAGCCCAAGCCGUCAGCGUGCAGGACUCUGUUCGGUCCGGUGGAUCACGAGGAGUUAAAGAGGGAGUUAACGGGCCACCUGAGGGCGAUGGAAGAGGCGGCGGCGGAGAGCUGGGGCUUCGACUUCUCCACACACACUCCGCGGCCCAACGCCAGGUUCAUCUGGAGGCUGAGCCGGGACUUGCCGAGCUUUUACAGCGGCGCGGCGGAGCAGCCGAGCGGGAAUCAUAACGCAGUGGAGCUAAACUGUGGACUUACCGAGGGGAAAGAGGACAGAGCCGAGAAACAAACCGACAGGACGGACAAGAGGAGAAGACAGCCCGCGUGUGUCGACUCGUCGAGUCCAAAUAAACGCCCGCGCACCUGUUCAGAAGAAACUCCUCACACACCGAAGAAAUGCAGUCCGCCGAGACACACGUAAACACCGCGGAGAGCUGAGGAAGUUCUCUCGCUCCUGACGGCUUCAGUGCUUGGCAAAUGAAAAUGCACGGAGUGAAGAAUGAUAGAAAAGGAAAGGCUUAUCUAUCGGUGUAAAGAGCAGGGAGACUGGACAAGCACUGAAACAAACAUUGUGGCACUAAAAAAAAAAAAUCAACUGCCUCAAAAGCAGUCUAUGUAGCAGUGUGCAAUUAGGUUUAAUCUCCUUUUGUGCUCAUUUUUUUUUCUUGCUACCUGUGUACAUAUUUUUAUUUUGUAUGUAGCACAUAAUACAUUAUGUUUUUUGUUAUUACUUGUUUAUUUUGGACUAGGUGAAUUCCAAUUGACUUGAAGAGCUGCAAUUUAAGGGGUUUCAUUUUUUUUUUUUAAUAAUUCUUUUUCCCCAGAAUACUGUUACUUUUGUGUGUUUUUUUUUUUUUUUUUUUUUUUUUUUUCCUCUAAGGUGGUGUAGCCUAUUUUACAUUGCUUUUUACAAAUAAUUUUUUUUGUUGUUGUUUUUCUUCUGUCACUGAAACCCACUGGAGAGUCCAUACAUGCUCAAACAGCUGUGCACACCUACAGCACUCGGGUGCUACAUGGUACAUAAAUCACUUGGUCUUGUGUAGAUCAGUGUGCUUCUAGCCUCUCUGGUUGCUCUCUUCUAAAGAAAACCUCAUAGAAACUGUACUCUCUGUAGAUAACGCAGAGCUCAUCUAAAAUUGCUAGCUAAUCUAAAUUAUUAUUACAUGUAACUUAUAUCUCUGAUUUUGAUUAGGACAGCUGACCGAUAAUGUUCAGUUAUAGACAAGGUCAAACCACGUAGCAUCAACCAGUAUUAUCACCAUGUGAGGCACUUACUGAAAGACUAGUGUCCUUCACUCAUUUAUAAAUUAUUCUUUAUGUAUCUUUUAUUUCUUUUUAAAUGAAAUUUUCUACUGAUGGCCUUAUUUUAAUUUUCCUGUUUCAUUUCACUAAGUUUUACUCCAGCACUCCUUCACAUUUUGUGUAAUAUCAGAAAUCUCUCUCAGCUGUAUGCACCUACACUCCCAUUUGAUUCUGUGGUUAAUGAUGACACAUAAUGUUAUUUAUAGAAAAGAAAGUAUAAAUUAAUAUUUCAGUAGACUACACAGCCUGUGUAUUUGUUUAAACUUUGAAGCAUACCUGUGUACAUAACUUUGUAAAAACACUGAGAAAAUUAAAACUAACUUAUUUAUGUUUUUUUUUUCUUUUUUUUUUUUUUUGUUUAAAAUGUUUGGUUAUAAUUAUCCAAAGUCCAAAGUGGCAUUUGAGUUAUUUUUUAAAAUGUAAAAAAAAAAAAUAUUUUAACAAAUUGUUGUGUAAGGUUGCAAACUGAGCCUGAUAAAAGAAAAAGGAAGAAAAACUAAAUAUUUCGGUAUGUGCAGUUUUUGUUAUGAGUGGUUAAACAAUGUGCUGAAAUCAAUUAAAAGAGAAUUAAAUUAUAA